AUGCUGCGUUGGAGACUCUUUUCGAAGCAACGAGUGGUAACAGCAACAUGCCGUGUUCAGCUUAACCACGCCAUUCAGCCUUCGAAACGAGUAUCUACAAGACGACAUUUCCAUUGUAGCCGAUUUGUACGAGAAAACGAGCCCGAUCGAGCCGAUCGUCUUUUCAAACAGUUGAUCAGUGAACAGCAUAAUGACCAAGCCAGCGAUUUUAUCCAAUCGAUUGAAGCGAUUCGUCCAAGGAGCAAGAAGCAGCAUGUUUUAACCAACGAGAGAUACGACAACCUUGUCAAGCAGCUCAACGAGGGGUUCACAGUACCGCAAUUGCGAGAGUAUCUGCAGACACAACAACAUCGCGUAUCCAAGCAACAUCGAAAGCAGCAAAUCAUUGAUAUGAUCAUACGCCAUGUGUGGGGAUUUGAGAGCCGAGAAAUGGUGCGUCAGCAGGCGAUCAAAAAGAAAAUGGAUAGCAGGCAACGCCAUUGCAAAACCAAUCGACAAGAGCUCUUUUUCAUCAUCGGUGAGGAUGGCGAUACGCUAAGAGCUAUUGAGGAAAAGCACAAUGUCCAGAUUACCGUGUUGGCCGACAUGAACCAGUACAUGAUCGAAGGAUACAGCCGAUCGGUGGAUGCUGCACGCAUGGAAAUCAAAGAAUACCUAUCUUCCAUUGUAAACGACCAUAUCAACAUGCCGCCAUUGAAAGAAGGUGUCGUUAUCGAUGAGGUGCUCAAUGCUAUCAAGCCGUUUCUUCCACACAUCUCCAAAGAAACCAAGGCGUUUAUCACCGUCCAAGAGGAUAAGCUCACAUUGGCAGCACGUUCAAACAACGACAUUGAUCAUGCAAAAUGGUUGCUGGCCAAAACCUUAGCGGAUCUCGACCUGACAACGACUCAAUCAUUGGAUGCAGCAGAUGAUCUCUAUAUACAACUUUCGAAUGAAUCGGACAAGCCGACUCUAUCCUUUACGCCUAUACACGAUGCUAAGGCCAUGCCUGUCACUGUCAAAUAUUCUGGUUGGAGUAGAAUUAACUUGGGACGCGAUGAAAAGUCUAUUGCAAAAGGAUUAUACCAUUUGGAAAGUGAAAAGAAGGACGAUUGGGUGAAUGAUUCAGCUAUUAGACGUCUCAUGAUGCAAAGUUUACCAGAGACGGUGCAUGCUAAUAUCAGCUUGGAAGCAAGAUUUGGCAAUGUACUUUUUGAAAACCCAGCAGAAGCAAGCAUGCGGUUCCUGACACCUCCUUUGCAUCACCAUUUCAGUACCCAAAAGCUGCAUGAUUACAUUUCCACAUCCAAUCGAAGGCACAUCUUUUUCCAAAGUCAACCGCCGCCAACGAUUACACGAUCUUUUCUUCCAGUCAUAAGUGCUGGUUCCUCCCCUUAUCGACGACGUGUGAUCUUGGAAUAUGUCAGCAAGAACUUACUUCCCAACUUUGGUGGGCAGGCAUCUUCUUCUUUACCAAGUGACCAAUUGAAACGCUUGCAGAUUGAAUUCAUUAUCCAGGAUGAUGGUGAUCUUGAGCUGGAGCGUGUCAUGGGCGAAUACAAUCGAUCCACCAUCGAUAUUAUUGGAUUGGAAAAGAAUGUGGAUCUACGAUUAUUAGCCAAACAAUAUGUGCUAUUUGCCGGUAGUGGACAAGCCGUUCCUGCUCAUUUGGUACAAAAAGACAUGCCAGCAGAAUUACAAGAGGCUGUGGAUCAAUGUGAACUUACUGGAUACACCGACUUUGAUUGCCUACCAUCAUUGAAGUUUGACGACAUGGGCACCAUGGAUCUUUUAGAAGUAUCAUUUAGAGAUGAAGCACGAUACAAAGGCGACAGUGAAAGCGAGGAUGUUAUGCUCACAAUCAGUGAUGUGGAUACCCAAAAGGCACAAACAAGGCACACCGAGCUGAUGAUCACUCCGAUCACCCACGAUCCAAUGGGUUCCUGGAAAGUGCCCGAGAAUGGACUUGAGUCUUGGUUACCAUUCAGGAGAAAUGUACGAGAAUUGAGCAAACGAUGGAAGUUUAUAAAUCUGGGUCAAUAG